AUGGCUGUAUAUAUUCCAAAAGAUAACUAUGGUCAUCACUUUGAUGACAUCUUCAAAACUAAACGCACAGUCAUGGGAGAUAAUUUGCUGCUGUCAUCCGUCUUUCAGUUCUCUAGAAAGAUAAGGCAAUCUAUAGACAAAACGGCUGGAAAAAUCAGAAUAUUAUUUAAAGACCAAGAUCGCAACUGGGAUGAAAUAGAAAGCAAGCUACGAGCCGAGAGUGAGGUCCCCGUCGUGAAAACCUCGAGCAUGGAGAUUUCUUCUAUUUUGCAGGAGCUGAAAAGAGUUGAAAAACAGUUACAAGCGAUCAAUGCCAUGAUUGACCCAGAUGGAACUUUGGAGGCUCUUAACAACAUGGGAUUUCCCAGUGCUGUCUUGCCAUCUCCCCCCAAACAGAAGUCCAGUCCUGUGAACAACCACAGCAGCCCGGGUCAGACACCAACACUUGGCCAGCCAGAAGCUAGGGCUCUGCACCCUGCUACAGCCUCGGCCUCAGCUGAGUUUGACAAUACCGAAUCUGAGGCUGAUUUCAGUAUACAUUUCAAUAGGUUCAACCCUGAUGGGGAAGAGGAAGACGUUACUGUACGUGAAUGACUUUCUCUUGAUUGUUACACAGUAAUUGCCUGUGGAAUGACUAGGAAUACUGGAACCAGCAUAGUGCUGACGUACAAAACAAGAUGCUUGGUUGGUCAACUACAA